GGUGCAGAAAGAAGCCAAAUGAGUAUGGCCUCUUGCGAAUCGCCUUCAGAUCAAGUGACAGAGAUGGCAGAGGAGCCUGGCAGCUCGACAGAGGCUAUGAAGCACACUAUGAAAUUGCCAGCCACCGAAGAUCCUCUCCCUAGAGCAAAUCAAUCGGACAGUUCAGAAGAGUCCGAAAUGACGUCGCUUCUGACAAUCUUUCAGAGAGCAAUGGAGGCAGCAUUUCCAAAACGACCUUGGUGAUGAGGCCAGUUGUGAAUGAAAAUAAAGGAGCGAUGAAGCUCAGAGUGGAUUUUAAACAGUGCAACACAGAUGAUGCCUUGCAGAAGAAGGUCAACUGCACAGCGUGCGGGCAGCAAGUUAAUCAGUUCCAACGUAACUCUGUUCUUGAGCAUCCCUGUGCUCAAAGUGCUUAUUUGCAAGUCGUGUUACAAGUUUUACAGAAGUGAUGACAUCAGCAAAGACUCGGACGGAAUGGAUGAGCAGUGCAGGGCGAGAAGAAGAGGAACAGCACGACCCCACCCCACCCUCACCAUGGCGCUGGUCAGCCCCCAGGUGGCCAGCUCUUCUGCGGAGGUCAAGAACGCCUCCACCCAGCAGCUCUCCAGUCAGCGUGACGUCCGCGAAGCUGACGGAGACCAAGCAGCGCCAGCAGCAGCAUCCUAUAACACAUUCACGGCGGGAAAGAGACCCGCAGCUCCCAAGAACCCUGCUGUGGUCCUCGCCUUGGACCGGGUCAACGCAGAUGGAACAGGGUAUUCUAUGGGACAGGGCCCAUCUGUCCUCAACGGGGGCCGCAAACGAUGCAAUCCAAUGCGGCUGCUGCCGCUGGAAGGCUUCUGGGGUCUCCCAAGGUUGGGACACUGUUCGACGGGGCCUCCUUCGCUGGAGGUGUGGGCCCCAUCACUCACCCUGGGAAGAGAUGGACCAGGAAUCAUUCUCAAAGAAGGGAAGGCCCCCGUCCUUAGGAAAGGACUGGAGGCGAGCCAGAUCUCGGACCUGAACUCCAACCGCCCAGAAACAGCCUGCAUGCAAUCAGCCGCAUCCGCUCAUUCAGUCCCACCAGUUAACGUUUUUCCAUUUGCCUCUCUGUUUCCCACCAGGCACAGAGUGAGCACCACCUAUUUAGCCCAGGAAGACUCUGAGCUCAGUCUGUUACAAGGAGAGCGUGUGCUGGUCCACAGGCCCAGACCGGACGGACGGCUCCUGGUGACACAGGAGAGCACCGGACACACUGGCUUAUUCCACAGCAGUAUUCUCCCGACACUAGAGAGACUCAGCUGAUUGGAUUGCAGUAUUCCCACAUUAUUCCCUUUCUCUGAUCGUCACACUGCCUGAAUGACCGAGCAGCUGUUACACAGCGAACCUGGAAAUCGGUGUAAUAAUUCCAGAUGACAAUCGUGUGUUGCUCCCUUAAAUAGAUGAGGUCUGUUGAGUAUGGCUACAUUAAAAAAAUAUAUAUAUUUUUGUGUAUGUGCAUGUUUGUUACACAUGAACUCUGAUAGUUGCACAAAUCCCCCCCCCCUCAUCACUGUUUAAUACCCCUGUACCACACAUUGUUCAGUGCCUCUGUCAGACCCUGUUACUGCUAAUGUGUAAUAAACAAUACGUCCAUAUGGGGAUAACUUUU